AUGCUGCUCCACUGGCUAGCCAAUAACAUGAACAUUGACAACAACGACAACAUGAGACUCAAGUUCAAUCCAACCAGGGGAGACUUUGGCUUUCAUUUCUAUCUAAAUGCUGACAGACCCCCUCGGUUACCUUUUCUGUCCUCUGAGAGUGGAAAUUACUACUCAUUUGGGAAUCUCAAUACCAUUAGGCAUAAUACCAGGGCACUUCCUGGUUAUGUUUCUCAACUAUACCGUAACUCAAGAACAUGCGCGGAGAUAGAUGAGAGAAACAGGGACAGGAUCUUAGUCCAAGUUAGUCCAGAAAGGUUAGAUCAGUCUAUAGCAGUGGAUAAUGUCUUCAUCACACAGCACCAUCCAUACAACCAGAACCUAGGUACAGCAUACGACCCAGAGAACACCUACCGCAUCACCCCAAACCUCUUAAGACAGAUCCAAAGUCUCUCAACCAUUGCCCAAUCUGAAAUUCCACGUAGAUUUAAUGUAGAGUUCAACAACAACAUACUGAAUGAUCUUGAACGCAUCUGGCGGGGGCCAGUGUGCUCUAAUGUCUACUAUGGUCAUGGCUCCUGGGGUCCAGGCCAGAUUUAUGCUGCAGAGAAGGUCCAGUGA